AUGUCACGAAUAAGCUACAAGUCACCAUUACCCCGAGGCUUAUUCAUCAUCAUUCUUCACAAUGCUUCUUUCGGCUACGCGCCUUGGGCACGCCACGGUUGGCCUGCUAUUCGCGCUGUCCACUACUAUCCCCCCUAUCAACGCUGCUGUUCAACCAACGCCAAGGUCAACGAAGUAAACCAGACGACUGGACAGACUCUGUCUUAUGACACGUCUGUGGGCCUUUUUGACUUUAAUGGCCCCAUCGAACUCUCUAUUCAACCAUCCGAGAAGGUGUAUCCAUCUAUUGAGACGGUCAGAGUUCGCCCACUUUCAUACAACCUCAAGGCGGAUGUUCACGGCCGCACUAUCAAGUUGGCUCUUACCAAACCGGCCAACUUGGUAGUCGAGGUCAACGGCGAUGUUUUUAGGGUACUCCAUCUAUUUUCAGAUGAGAUCCAAAAAGACACCAUUAGCCGGGACGAGGCCAAAAAAGACUCUUCGAUUCUCUACUAUGGCGCGGGAUAUCACGAACUAAAGGACCAAGUCAACAUCACUUCGGGUCAGACAGUCUAUCUCGCCCCUGGUUCUUUCGUCAAGGGAGGCUUCAACUUUCAGAACGCAUCGAACGCAGCCAUUCUUGGGCGAGGUGUGCUUUACAAGAGCCCUUAUGAUGCAAUCACUAUCAACUAUUCCAAGAAUAUUCGUGUUCAAGGUGUGACGGUUAUCAACCCUGGCCAUUAUUCCGCCAUGAUGGGCUCGAGUGAUGGCGUCACCGUCUCUGGCUUGAGGUCGAUCAGUGCGGUGAAAUGGGGAGAUGGAAUCGAUGUAUUCUGUUGUCAGAAUGUGGUGCUUGAAAAACUCUUUAUGCGCAACUCGGACGAUUGCGUGGCAAUGUAUCAACACCGCUGGGACUACUAUGGCGACUCCAAAAACCUUACUCUCCGGGAUUCAUCUCUUUGGGCUGACCUCGCUCAUCCAAUUCAUCUUGGCCUACACGGAAACACUGUUACUCCUGAAACCAUGGAGGAUGUCACCAUCUCCAACAUCGAUAUCCUUGAUCACCGGGAGCCACAGGUUGACUAUCAAGGAUGCCUGGCAAUCAACGUCGCCGACGAGAAUCUUCUCAAGAACAUUCAAUUCCAAGACAUUCGCGUCGAAGACUUCCGGCUGGGCUCGCUUCUCAGCUUCAAAGUGCUCUACAACUCAAAGUACAGCUCAGGACCUGGCCGCGGUCUUCACAAUAUCACUGUCAAGAAUUUGUCGUACAAUGGGAAAGGUGGUAACAUUCCUGCGAUAGCCGGAUAUGAUAAAGAUCGCAGGGUUGAGUUUGUGGACUUUCAAGGAUUGGAAAUCAAUGGCCAGCAUGUAUGGGACGGUAUGCGAAAGCCUGGGUGGUAUUCCACGUCUGAUUUUGUCCCGCUCUACGUGGGUAGCCAUGUGGUCAACCUGACCUACUCUUCUUAA